AUGGGGAGUUCAUCAUCCUUCAUAUCUCAACUAGUUUUGGAUCUUCAUAAGGAUUUUUCUUUGAAGGAUUUGGGUGAUAUCAACUAUUUUCUGGGCAUUCAAGUAACACACACAUCCGCUGGUUUUCAUUUGUGUCAACGCAAAUAUGUUCAAGAUCUUCUUUGCAGGACCAAGAUGCAAGAAGCAAAAUCACAAGGCACCCCAAUGAAUGCGGGACUCAAGCUAUCUACCUAUGGCAGCGACUCUGUAAGUGACCCCUCCUUGUAUCGCUCUAUUGUUGGUGCUUUACAAUAUGCUACUGUCACACGCCCAGAAAUUGCAUAUAGUGUGAACAAGGUCUCCCAAUUCAUGCACAACCCUCUUGAGUCUCACUGGAUUGUUGUCAAAAGGAUUCUGCGAUAUCUAGCUGGUACACUUGAUUAUGGUAUUCAUCUUCAACGCCCAACACAGCUUGUUCUUGAAGCAUUUAGUGACGCCGAUUGGGCUAGUGAUCCUGAUGAUCGUCGCUCUACAACUGGAUUUUGUGUCUAUUUUGGAGGUAACUUAGAUGCUUGGCAAUCCAAGAAACAACAUACGAUUUCUAGAUCCUCUAUAGAAGCAGAGUUUCGCAGCCUUGCCUCUGUUGUGACCGAGAUCACUUGGAUUCAAUCCUUGCUUCGUGAUCUUCACAUCACUACUCAGCCUUCUCCUCUAGUUUGGUGUGACAAUCUGAGUUCCGUAAUGCUUGCAGCCAAUCUCAUUCUCCAUGCAAGGACCAAACAUAUUGAGAUUGAUCUUUAUUUUGUUCGUGACAAGGUGCUUCAAGGAAAACUCAGUGUUCGUCAUGUUCCUGCCAUUUCUCAGAUUGCAGACUGCCUCACUAAGCCACUGUCCAUCACUCACUUCUCUGUUUUGCGUGACAAACUCAGUGUUGUUUCCUUAAACACGCUGAGUUUGAGGGGGGCUGUUAGGGAUAUAGAAUUAGUUAGUUAG